AUGGCUCCGCAAACGCGUAAAUUAGCAGCAGCUCAGGACGAGCACUCCCCGAUGUCCGCAAAGAAGAAGCCAGGGCGAAAGCCCUCGGCUGUCAAAGAAGAGCCCGCUAUGGGCGAUACACUCUGUGGUCGCUGUUUAACGUUCGUAUAUACGGCGCACAUCGACAAGCCUUGUUCACGCAAGCAAGGAACCGCCAAGGCCUGCACCAAUUGUGCAGGAGAUAAAAAAGCCUGUGCUCCUGUCCCUUCAGAGAUGCAGAAGGAAGUGGCAGCAUUGCUGUCUGACCAUGAUGAUUUUCUCAGGCUUAAGAACGCGACGCUCCGAGAAGAACUGAAAACCAGCAUGGCGGAACGGGCCGCUGGUCUCAGUGAAAUGCUUGCCAAAAUGGCACCCCCGUCGGUCCAAACUGACAACUCCCCCCCUCCCCCCCCUUUUAACGCUGAAGUUGGUGCUGCCACUUUGGCAGCGUUGGAAAAGCUUGUGUCUAUCCAAGCCGAACAAAAAGAGCUUGCGGAGCACACAUUCCGCUCUGUCAAGAAUAUUGAAAGGACCUUGGCCGACAUCCGCCGGGACUUAAAGUCCAAUUGUUUACCUUCUGCGAAAAAGCGAAAGGCAGAAGAAACCAUUUGCGAAUCAGCAGCCAAGAUAGGCCGAUUUGCUGCUGCCCUGCCCUCUGCUGCGUCCGCUCCUCCCCCCCCCUCCCCCACUCCGAUCACGCCUUCUCCCUUCGUUCAGUCGCAGCCGAACCUAUCUGCGUCGGGCCUGUCUCCAACUGGAGGCAGCGGAGCCGAUUUGCUCGAAAGUACGAUCAAGCGGCCCGAAUGGGCUCGCCCUGACGAUUCUUCUGCGCUCGCUUUACGCCCUGUCCCCGAACCAGAGACUCCGACCGGUGAGGAGGCUCCUGAAAUUUAA